AAACGGCUUUCCAUACACUUGCACCCCUGUUUUUUACCUACCUGUUGCGUCUGAGUUGCUAGCGGAUGGCCAGCUGAGAGCGCAGACAUGGAGAGGAAGACCGUCAGCAUUAAGCGAGUGGAGGCUCUGGACGCCUGGCUGUCUGAAACUAAAACACAGCUGAAACAAAUUAAUGGCCAGAGAAAAUAUGGAGGACCUCCUGAAGAUUGGGAUGGCCCCACCCCAGGAGCUCGCUGUGAGAUCUUCAUCAGCCAGAUCCCAAGGGAUACCUAUGAGGAUGUGCUGAUCCCUCUGUUCAGCUCCGUGGGGCCACUCUGGGAGUUCAGGCUCAUGAUGAACUUUAGUGGAGAGAACCGAGGCUUUGCAUAUGCCAAAUAUGGGACGGUUGAUCAAGCUACCAAUGCCAUCCAUCUGCUGCACAAAUACAAGCUGGAGCCUGGCUGCCGCCUCAGUGUGUGCCGUAGCAGAGAGAAAAACUGUAUUUCUAUUGGAGAUCUGCCAGCUACCACCAGGCAAGAAGACCUGCUGCAGGUGCUGCGAGUGCUGGCAGAAGGGGUUGAGACACUUUCCCUCCAAGCUGGGCCUGGCAUCAAUGGGGUGACUGCCAUUGUUUCUUUCUCCUCGCAUCAUGCAGCAUCAAUGGCCAAGAGGGUGCUGAUGGAAGAUUUCAAGAAAUUUUUUUCUCUGGAUGUCUCCAUCAAGUGGCAGUUAGUAGAGAAACAAGCCGAGCACUGGUAUACUCAGAAAGCUCCUAAGAGUGUACUCCCUCCAGACUCAACACCCAUUCCAGGGUUCUGCAGAGCAGUGGGGGGUCCGACUGCCACCUCGUCCUCUCUCCCUGGAUACCCUCCCUCCCAGGGAUGUUUGGUGUUUGCAGCAUCCCCAGGCCUGCUCCUUUGCAAGAUGUGUGAGGAAUUGGGGUUAGGCCAACCACUGGUUGAAAUAUACUACAGUCACACCAGGCCAGAUGGGUUCCUGCAUUUCACCUACAUGGUGCACAUUCCAAAGAUGAGCAAGACAUUCAAGGGGAUGGUCAAGAUUUUACCAGGACCCAAUGCACUGAAAGAAGCUGAGACAGCUGCAGCCCAGCAAGUUCUGGAGAGGAUCAGAAACCUGGCUGCUGGAACACCUGCUCAUCACCUCCAGUUCUGAUUUAUGUGAUACUGAGAAAAAAACAAGCUUGCAUAUUUGUGUUCCUGUGUGAUUUUAGUAGUGGGUAGUUUGUAUAUUUGUGUUCCUGUGUUAUUUUAGUAGUGGGUAGUUG